AUGCCCGCAAAUUCCGGACGAGUACUUCUUGCAUACUCUGGUGGACUGGAUACUUCAUGUAUCCUGGCCUGGUUAAUCGAGCAAGGAUACGAAGUUUACGCCUUCAUGGCAGAUGUCGGCCAAGAAGAGGACUUUGCCGCUGCAGAGAAGAAGGCACUCAAAGUCGGAGCCAAGAAAUUCUUUUUGGAGGACAUGAAGCGCGAAUUCGUCAAUGAACUCAUCUAUCCCGCAGUACAAGCCAAUUGUAUAUAUGAGAAUGUCUAUCUUCUCGGUACAUCCUUGGCUCGGCCAGUGAUUGCUCGUGGCAUGAUUGCUGUUGCAGAUCGGGAGGGAUGCGACUUCGUGUCGCACGGAUGUACCGGAAAGGGAAAUGACCAGGUCCGCUUUGAGCUUGCCUUCUACGGAUUGAAACCCGACAUCAAAGUCAUCGCCCCAUGGCGAAUUCCUGAGUUCUACCAUCGGUUUGCAGGCCGAAAGGAUCUGCUUGCCUAUGCUGCAGAAAAAUCUAUUCCAGUCACCCAAACAACCGCAAAACCCUGGUCGACCGAUGAAAACCUGUUCCAUAUUUCAUAUGAAGCCGGUAUCCUCGAGGAUCCCAACACUACUCCUCCCGUUGACAUGUGGAAACUUACCACCUCCCCAGAAAAUGCCCCACAAACACCCGAACAAAUCACCAUCGAGUUCAAGGCUGGUCUUCCUGUCAAGGUCAUUGUUCCAGACUCAAGUAGAACCCACACCGACCCAGUAGACAUCUUCCUUGCCCUGAACACAUUAGGCCGGAAACAUGGCAUUGGUCGUAUUGAUAUAGUUGAGAACCGUUUCAUCGGCGUGAAAUCGCGAGGAUGUUACGAAUCUCCCGGCGCUACUAUCUUGCGCGCAGCCCAUAUUGAUUUGGAGGGACUCACUCUUGACAGGAAUGUUCGUGCUCUCCGUGAUCAAUUCGUCACUAUUGAGUUCAGCAAGAUCCUGUACAAUGGUCACUUUUUCACUCCCGAAAGGGAGUUCAUCACUGCUGCCAUUCCAGCUAGUCAACGGACAGUCAACGGUGUCGUGAAGCUCAAGCUGUACAAGGGUAAUGUUAUUAUCGAGGGUCGUGAAAGUUCUGAGGGACUUUAUGAUGAGCAACAAGCUUCAAUGGAUGAGCUUGGUGGAUUCGAGCCUUCUGACACAACAGGAUUCAUUGCUAUUGAAUCCAUUCGAAUUAAAAAGUGGGCGCAAGCCAAUAUUGCCAAAGGUCAAGCUGGUGUUGCACCCAAAGAUGUGUAUGGUAGUCGAAUUUAG